AUGGACGUUCGAGAGGUCCACUACUCUCCCAUAAUCCAUAACCGUGCCCUUGCUGCAUGUGCCCUCCUCUCCUUGGUUAAUUCCUUUACUACCCUUGUUAUUUUUCUUGCGUCUCUGGUAUGUUAUCCAGAUUCCAGAUAUUCUCAAAGAGUUGUUUCUAUGCUUAGGUUUAUCGGUAAUUUGGAUCUUUGUGGCCAACAAGUGAACAAGCCUUGUCGAACUUCACUAGGAUUCCCUGCUGUGUUACCUCAUGCUGAAAGUGAUCAAGCUGCAGUUCCUACUAAGAGGUCCUCCCGCUAUAUCAAAGGAGCAGUAAUUGGUGCAAUGUCCACGUUGGGUUUUGCAUUAAUUUUGCUCCUUGGUUUUUUUUGGGUACGGUUGCUGACCAAGAAAGAAAGGGCAGCAAAGAGAUACACAGAAGUUAGGAAACAAGUUCAUCAAGAACCAAGUGCCAAGCUUAUCACCUUUCACGGAGAUCUUCCAUAUCCAUCCUGUGAACUCGUGGAAAAGAUUGAAUCUCUUAAUGACGAAGAUGUCGUUGGGGCUGGAGGAUUUGGUACUGUAUACAGAAUGGUUAUGAAUGAUUGUGGUACGUUUGCGGUUAAGAAGAUUGACCGGACUCGUGAAGGUUCGGAUGAGGCCUUUGAGAGAGAAUUGGAGAUCUUGGGCAGCAUCAAGCACAUCAAUCUGGUCAAUCUUAGAGGAUACUGUAGGCUUCCCAAGGCAAAGCUUCUUAUCUAUGAUUACUUGGCUAUGGGUAGCUUAGAUGAUUUACUGCAUGCACGUGUAGAUGACCGGAUCUUGAAUUGGAAUGCUCGUUUAAGAAUAGCCUUUGGUUCUGCUAAGGGAUUGGCAUACCUACACCAUGACUGCUGUCCAAAGAUUGUUCAUCGUGAUAUAAAAUCUAGCAACAUACUCCUUGAUGAGAACCUCGAGCCUCAUGUUUCAGACUUUGGUCUUGCAAAACUAUUGGUUGAUGAGGAUGCUCAUGUCACAACUGUAGUUGCAGGCACAUUCGGCUAUUUGGCUCCUGAAUACUUGCAGAGUGGAAGAGCAACAGAAAAGUCAGAUGUCUAUAGCUUCGGAGUUCUACUGUUGGAACUUGUAACUGGAAAGAGGCCGACUGAUCCUUCUUUUGUAAAACAAGGAUUAAAUGUCGUUGGCUGGAUGAAUACAUUACUGAGGGAGAAUCGGAUGGAAGAGAUCAUGGACAAAAAAUGUCGGAAUGCUGACGUGGAGACUAUAGAAGCAAUCGUAGAAAUAGCAGCAAGAUGCACUGAUGCAAAUCCGGAUGAUCGUCCUACAAUGCAGCAGGUACUGCAGUUUUUGGAGCAAGAGGUCAUGUCACCUUGCCCUAGUGACUUCUAUGAAUCUCAUUCAGAUAAAUCUUGAUUUCGUGUUAUUCCGCUAAAUGGUAUCAGAACAUCCACUACUUGCGGAUAUUGUCAGUCCCCAGUUGUCCCGUCGGUUGUAUAUUACGUUCACUUGAAUUGUGGAUGAGCAUUGUCUAAAUCAAUUUUGUACACUGUUUGCCAUUGUUUACUCGUAUCAAAAUUAAUUUGAUGCAAA